CGUCCCUCCAACACUGAAAAUGCUCCGAAGACGCCUCCGGCUUAGCUACCCUUCCGACGAAGAUGAAGAAGACAACAACCGUCAACAAAACAACAAUUCAACCUACCAACAGCCUACCAUCACUCAUCCGCCUGUAUCCUCUCCUCCUUCAGAUUUUAACCCUAACCCUACUUCUGUUGCCCCCGAACCAAUCUCAAUCUCAGACGAUGACGAACUCAUUGAUGUUUCCGACGACCUCAACCCUCCGUCUCCUCCUCCUCCUCCUAAUCACGUGGUUACCACCGGUUCUCCUGUCGGGGACUUCCUGAGUAGGAUGGGACUGAGUUUGAGAAGGGAAUGGCUGGAAUCUUGUUUUCACGGGCUCCAGAUAUCUCUUCCUGCAUUUUCGAGCCUUGAUGUCGCUGCAAAAGCCAAGCUUUGUUUCGAGCAGUUCUUGUUUUCUGAUAUGAAUUACUCUGGAGGCGCGGUGCUACCCCAUAACGUCGCAUCUAUGCACCUUGUCGACCUUCCGGGGCCGUUUGUAUUGCAGGUUGAUGAGAUUGUUAAUAUCAGCUGUCCUCUCCGAGGCAGAUAUCAGGAUGCACAGCCUGGAUUUAAGAGGUGCCUUAAGCUUUCCAUGACAGAUGGUGUUCAGCGUGUUUUUGGCAUGGAAUACAGGCCUAUCAAGGAUCUCAAAGCUCUCCCUCCUGCUGGAUUGAAGGUUCUCAUCUGUAAUGUACAUAUACGGCGUGGGCUUUUAAUGCUGGUUCCCGAAGUUUUAGAAGUUCUAGGAGGAGUAGUUGAAGAGUUGGAUGAGGCACAAAAGCGUCUGAUAGAGGAAGUGAAUAAACCACCUAGGGGAAAAAGAUCAAGGACUGGAGUGGUGCCUUCUUUAUCUACUAGAGCAACUAGAGCUGCAUGGCCAUUGAAUAGCGGAAAUUUUAAUGGUCAUGGGAAUGCGUAUUUAUCAGGAAAUGCUACUCCCACUCAGGCAGAUGGACAAGCAUCUGGCUCUAUCUUCAAAGAUCGAUGUUACCAUAUGUUUCAUUGCUUUUUGACUGGUGUCAAAAAAUUCCAAUAUAAGCAACGGUCAACCUUUGAGCUCCAGUGCUAUGUUGAUGACGGCAGUCUCAUUUCUGAAAUAUUGAUUGACCACAGCGUUGUCCAGAAAGGAAUUGGUCAUUCUCCAGAGGAGGUCUCUGCUGCACUUUCUUCUUCAGACAUCAAGAUAGUCAGUGGUAUGAAGGAGACCUUGAGGCAGUUCCAAAUAUUUUUGGUGAAUUUUGAGGGCACAAUGCUCAUCCAAAUAGAUGAAGCAUCUCUUCCUGUCGCUCUUGAGAUGUGCCAGGGGUGUUCUUCUUCUGAUGCAUGGUUGCUUCUCAGGAGACUGAAGUCCUCUGCUUCUCAAAUUCCAAACGUUCGCCCCUCAGAUCCAAUUGAUAUAUCACCUUGAUUGCCUCUAUAUAUUUUCACUCUGCCAAAGAAGUAAGCUGAAAGUGUUGGCUUGGAUCAGAAACUGUCGCUAUUGCAGGUAUCAAAGAGGACACUCCUGAUUAUGAUGCUUCAAAUUCAUUGUUCAAUGGCUUUGUUACGGAAAUGUACAAGAAGUGCUCAGCACUAAUUGAAAAUUAUAUACUACUAACGGGAAGAUGUCUGGCAAUGCUGGUUCAGUUCGGUGCUGUGAGCUUGUUAUCAUAUCUUUGUAUCUGGUGACCUCACUGAAGUUGUUUACAAGUAAAAAUGUUUUGGGCUAUCAAAUAAAAAGUUGCAUGCGGCAGAUAAGGAAAGCUAGUUCAUCUUUGAGAAGCAAAGGAGAAUGAAAAGCUAAUGAAUUGCUAAGAAGAAUGCCAGCAAAUGAGACUUUUGAAGCUAGGGUUAGUGGAGACUUCUUUGAAGCAAGCUGUAUCAAGUGGCCCACCCGUUAACAUGAGUUUUGUCACCUUCUCAAUCCACAUUGAUUUGGAGCUCCAUGAGCCUCCCACGGGGCAAUAAAGAAAUUACGGGCUAUUUUGAUGAGAAGUCAGGCUCUGCGUCAACACUUCACAAAGGCAAAGCAGCAUGAGCGGAGAAAUAAACUUGACCCAAGAUGGCUCCACCAAGUACUUGUCUCCCCGGCAACUGCUCUUCACUAUGGCCUUACCACAUUCUUCAGACGACUCCACGAAAGGUGUGGAAUGGCGAAAUAAGUAGCAUAGAUUACGCCCCAAAAAUUUGUAUCCUGUUAAUUAUUUUCCGCAGCAUGAUUAGUUUUUAUCUUUCUUUAAUUUGAUGUAUCCUAUCUAAUCUUUUUCUUGAGACAAUAUUUUAGAGAAAUUAGAUAACAUUUUUGUAACAACAUGGUUAAAUCAAUUCCCUCACAAGUUGAGAGUGAACCUCAAGGCCGCAUGAGGUUAUUCUGUAA